AUGUUUGUUCGUCCUGUCCUCUUCCUCUUCCUCUUCCUCUUCCUCUUCCUCUUCCUCUUCCUCUUCCUCUUCCUCUUCCUCUUCCUCUUCCUCUUCCUCUUCCUCUUCCUCUUCCUCUUCCUCUUCCUCUUCCUCUUCCUCUUCCUCUUCCUCUUCCUCUUCCUCGCCAUCUCAUCCCACCUCAUUUUCACCUCAUCUACCUUACCUUACCUUACCUUACCUAGUUGCUGCAGUUUACGAAGUUAG